AUGUGCAUAUGCGCACUUCACUACCUGAAUGGCAGCACCUCGUUGACAGGCCUCAACGCCCCGGCACCUUGUGCCCGCUGUACAUGCACAUGCACACAUCUUCCACGUCGGAUGUUUUUUUUUUUUUGCCCCGUCAUGUGCAUGCAGCCAGCCCUCGCAACUACCGGCGCUAGUCGCCACGAGGAUGCCCUAAAGGCUCCGUCGUGCCUCGAUCAAGGGACAUCCUCGAGAGCCGCCCGUUCUGGACAACCGUCCCACUUUCUUCCAACCCCUCGACGAACGUCACCAAGCGUGCCAGAUCGGCAAACUGGCUCCUGCUCGCCCUUUGCUACCCCGGAUAAGGCUGCUGACGUGCCCGAAAUGGCGAGCACGGGUCUAGCGGAAGCGUUCGCGCGACUGUCAACGUCUGACUCGAGGCAACACGCCCUGGAAACUCUGUUCACGGAGCUGACACCACACGAGUGGAGGUUCGUAAAGUCCCUUGCCAGCAAACAGACUUUCCAAUCCGACAUCAUCGGUCAACUGCCCGUGGAGCUAGUCACUCAUGUAUUCUCGUAUCUUGACACAACCACACCCUGGCGAUUGCAGCUCGUAUCUAGAUCAUGGGCCGAGAGACUGCGAAGUUUGGUCGUGUUGAAGAACAACCUGGACAGCUGGUAUGGUGGCACAGUGGAUCUUCAACGCGCCAAUCUCAACUUCUGCCGCUGUAAAGCUCGAAGUGUUCGCGCCUUUCGCAACGGGCCUCGAUCAGCCCAGCCAGACAGUAGCUUUACAAUCUCAGCAAAGCUUGGACUGACCCAACUACUUGUGCAUGAUAAUCUCAUAUGGCUCGACGAAAACCAUCAUCAGGUGCGAUUACUGAACAUGAGGUCAUGGACCUCGCAAACUCUCAACGGCGUCGCCCGCGAGCGCAUCCGGAAUGUGUUCGCGUCCGGCGAAAUUGUAGUCUUCACCACACUCACCACGGCAUACGUCGCGGAACUGAACAGCACAGGCCCAUUGAGAAGGUUUCGGGUUUCAAAUUCGAAGCUGCUGUCAGUCGUUACGUGUCGAGAGCGCACAGUAGCUUGCGCAGCAUACCUUCAGGCCGGCUUACUUGUCUACAUCUGGAACUUUGAUACUCAGCAGGGCAGGUCGAUCAGUCUCAGCUACGAUGAUUCCCUCUUCUUGGGUUGUCAGCUAAACCUCGCAGCAGAUCAGCCCGAGGUAGGCCUACUGCUUCAAACGGCUAGUGAGACGAUUGUUUUGUGCCUGCUUGACCCUGCUAUUUCUCAGAAUGCCCCCAGAUGUCCGAAGAUACUGUACUAUCGGCUCACUUACGCAGGCGAGUGUCUCCUCGCUUCCGAACACGUACUCGAAGGCUACGACCACGACCAACUCACACACAGCGACCGAAGAGGUUUGCGUUUCGUACCGGCGAGCCAUGAUGGUUUGUUCAUGUUGCAAGGCAAGAGUAUCCACCCACUCCAGUUCGACGAAAGCCUCAGUUCUUUCACAAUCCCAUAUCACCACGGGCUAAAUGCGACCAGCCUCCCUAUUGUUUGGUGGAAGGAUACUUUCAUCGAGGCUGGCACCAAGGAUCACAUCUUCGUUCACAGGGGUACUGCCUGUGAUCCUCGUUGCGAUCCACUUAUAAAGCAUGACUAUUCGGAGCCCAUGCAAAUAGAGCCUAGAGACUGCGAAGACCUACUCAUCAACGACAUGUACAUGGUACGGCCGUAUAAAGCUGCUUUUCGUGUCUGUUGCUACGAUCAUACAGUGCAGCUGCCAGAAAGGGAGGGUGCAUUGGAAGGUGUAGGAUCCUGGGAGGUAAUCCACACAAGCUCUACGGGCGUGAGCCAAGGUCGAUAG